AUGUCCAGUUCAAUGUUGAACAAUCUUCCUGAAGAUGUAUUAAUGGACAUAUUUGCCAGAUUACCCGUCAAGUCACUCUUGCAAUUCAAGUGCGUUUGCAAAUCAUGGUGUAAUCUUAUCAAAGAACCCAUCUUCAUCACCAAGCAUGUUAACCAAUCUGCUCUUAGCAACAAUGGCUAUCUUGCUGUCACGCGCCAAGGCAGUACUUUUGGUGGUAAUUGUUCAAUAUCCUUGAUCUCUUAUGAAACUUUUCGUGAAGUCAUUAGGAUAACUAUUCCAUCUAAGGAAUAUGGUAAGGCACCUUUCAGAAUUGUAGGUUCAUGCAAUGGCAUUUUGUGCCUAAAUGUUUCAGAAAUUGGAGACACAAAUUUUUUAUUUAAUCCUGCCACUAGUGAAUUCAAGGAGCUCCCAAAACCCAAUUAUCCAAUACAUGAACUUAAAGAAGAUACAAUUUCUGACUUCAUUGGUCUUGGAUUUGGUUAUGAACCAGAAAGUAAUGACUACAAAUUAGUUAGAAUUUCUUAUUCUAAAAGGUUGGAAAAUCAAUUUUAUUCUGGAGUUGAUGUGUACUCAUUGAGUACUAAUUCUUGGAGAAGAAAGAAUAGGCUUGUGCUUGGAACUGUUCUGGUGAAUUCGUUUUCCAAAGCGUUUAUUAACGGUGCUCUACAUUGGAGGGGUGUAACAUUGAAAAGAGGGGACGUUCGUUGUCAUAUAAUAUCAUUCGAUGUAGGAAGUGAAGUGACUCGUUACAUAAAGUUACCAUAUAAAAUUGACUUGGCUAAAGAAGAAUGGUGGCCUUUUGUUAGGAAUGGAUCGCUUGCUAUGGUUAUUAGAUCAAAAACUCAUGAAGAGCAUCAUUAUAUAUUUAACAUAUGGGUAAUGAAUGAAUAUGGGGUCAAGAAGUCUUGGACCAAACAAUUAACCGUUGGACCUCUAUUUGUCCUUAAAUUGGUGGAAUGUGGCAUGAAUGAAGAGCUCCUCUUUGCGACUCACUCAACCAUGUACCUUUAUGAUCUACAACGGAUAAAACCUCCUCAUGAUGAUAUUUUAGAGGCUGAUAUUAUUGGAAAUAAUUUUGUACCUUGGGUUGAGGUGGUUAAUCACAUUGAGAGCCUAGUUACAAUUGAAGGAACAAAAGUCUACGCCAAAAGAGUGCGUAAAUACUCUUGGUUUGGGAAAUACUUUAUUUUCUUUCAACUUCUUUUUGGGCUAGUUGUUAUGGUUGCUUAUGUUGUUAUCCUUCCUAAGUUAAUUCAUUUCUUCUAUCCAACAAAUGUAAGCGAAUAA